AUGCACUCCUUGCAUCGAGGGUCGGUUGUGCGCCACCCCUCACUCCUCCUCCCUUCGUCCGGCCACCGCUCCCUUCCAGACCCUCCACUUGGACGGGCUUCACCGACCAGUCUUUGGACCGGGUCCCAUGGUGUUGCGUCGGAGUUUCAUGUCUGGGGCUUCCUUGCGCUUGUUCGUGACACCUCUGAGGAUAAGCUCUCGGUUCGCGCCAUCCCCUGCAUCUUCCUUGGUUUCCCAGUGGACUCCUCUGACUUUGAUUGUGCCCCGUCUACCCUUCUACCCUCGGGCGCGCGUCAGGUAGCGUCUCCCUCCCCGCAGUCCUCCUCACAGUCCCCUCAGCAGCCUUCGGCACUUCCGCGACAGGUUACUGUGGACUCCGGGGGUGUUGGAGCUGGAGGUGCUGCCAAUGGAGAUAUUCGUUCUAGGGGUGCUCUUCUGAGGGGUGCUGGAGCUAGAGUGCUGGCACUGGAGGUGCUAGUUCGAGGGGUGGUGGAGCUAGAGGUGCUGGCGCUGGAGGUGCUAGUUCUGGGGGUGGUGGAGCUGGAGGUGCUGGCGUUGGAGGUGCCAUUUUUGGGGGUGCUGGAGUUGGAGGUGCUGGCACUGGAGGUGCUAAUUCUGGGGGUGUGGGAGCAGGAGGUACUUGCACAGGAGGUGCUAGUUCCGAGGAGGCUGGAGCUGGAGGCACUACUCUUGCGCCUCCCCACCGUCACAACACACGUCUCCAGGCAACUCGCCGCCGUGAGCGUGAGGAGCAGGAGCGGUUGGAGCAGGAGCAGUUGGAGCAGUCUCCUUCCACGUACGGCCCUACGUUUCUCUCCUCCUCAGUCACAGUCGCCUCCUCCUGUUCUCCCGCACGUCUGGACCACUCAUUGUCCUCCGCGUGCUCGUCCCUCGUCUCCUCUUUAUGACCUCUGCACUAACUUGCUUCAUUCUAGUCCUCCUCGUGCUGCACCUGUGUCUGUUCUCCUGUCACCACCUGCGUCGUCUCUCACUGUCUCCUCUCACCCUACCACUGCCUACUACUGUGCUACUCAUCCUGUUGUCUCGCUUGUUCUCGCCCCUCUUGUCACCGACCCUCGUGCCUCUUCUUCGUCUGUCUCGGCUCUUACUGCCGCUUUCGCUGACUUUGCUUCCACCCGCUGCCUAAACUUUGCCACGCGUGUAGUGGCUGCUCCGCCUGCCCGUCCUUUGUCUACCGGGGGUGAGUUUGCCCUUGGCUGUGACGUCCUAGAGGACAAGCAGUUUGAUCUGGAGUUCUUGGCAACCGCUUCUCCCUCUCUAUGGUUGCUUUCCCCUAAGGGAGGCCCCGGUGCCCUUGACAUUCCGACUCCUUGCACGCUCCGUGAGGCAGUGUCAGGGGAGUGGGCUUCUCAGUGUCAGAGUUAG